AUGGCACAGAACGUGUCUACCCUCAAGCAGUCCACUGCAGAAGCAAGAAGGGGAUACACUGUUGCGGUGCCCUUGAUCCUCAUGAAACGGCCAUCUGUCCAGCAGAAGGAGAAGGUGCCAGCCAUCAAUGCCCAGAAGUCCACUCCCACUAGCCACGAAGCUGCCAGCAAGCACCUUCCCCUCCGUGGCCUCGAGCUCGCGACCAAGAGCCGUCCUCGCGAUGCCAAGCGUGCUGCUAGUGAGCAGCAUGCCUCUUCGCGUAAGGAAUACCCUCGAAACGAGAAACGCACCGUCAGCCAGCCUGGUGCUAUGAGCGAGCCCGCCGCGGCUGGCGGCAGCAAGAUCAGUGAGAGGAGCAAGGCUGGAGACAAGGAAACGCUCCCCGACAAGCACGAUGAGAAUGACACGGCCCCCGAGAUCUCUACUGCUGCCGCUGAGCAAGAGCCAGCGCCGACCGCCGCUGUCGAGAAGGAGCCCGCCCUUGCCUCAGGAUACAAGGUCUAUACUGCAGAGUAUGUCACCGCUCUGAAGGAGGAGGUCCUGGCGCUCCGGGCGCAGACGCAGCAUGGUGUGGACCAGCUCGAGCGUAGCGAAGCGAGGCUCAAGACGCUAUCGGACAGCUGCCUCGUCUGGGCAGAGACAUAUUCCGGCUUCGACAGGCGCCUCGCAAAGCAGGGCCAAGAGAUUGACAGCCUCAAGGAGGCUCUGCGAGCCGAGCAAGAGCGCCACGCUGUCACGAGAGCAAGGUACGACGAGACGGAGCAGCUUGCGCAGAGUCUCUUUGAGAGGCUUCAUUAUGAGCAUCAGGGCCCGUUUGCGCAAUCACGUUGGUAG